AUGUUUAUUAUCUCAGAUAAACUGCUAAAUAAACUAAAUUGCUCAGUUUGCUUCAAGUAUUUAUCUGUUAAACCAAUUAAAAUUUAUAGAAAUAGAGCUAUCAAGUGUGGUCGAUGUUCGGAAGAUGACGAUGGUGGAGUCGUAUCUUUGUACGAAAAAAUUGUAGAGAAUGGACUUUUUCCGUGCAUCAACAGAUAUGAAGGAUGCAUGGAACUACUAGCUUAUUCGUCAGUUGAAGCCCAUGAAGCGAAAUGUAUAUCAAGUCAAUACAGUUGUCCAAUAUGUUCAUCAGAAUUUUCUUCCUAUCAUUUUGUUCAACAUUAUAAAAGAGAACAUUCUAAUUCACUGUUGGAAAAACCGGAAAUACUUUUACCUCAAGAUAAUGAAUACGAAAACUACUAUAUGUACAAAGAAAACGAUAUGAUUUAUAUUCUUCAUGUGAGAUGCAAUUUGGCAUAUAAUUGUUUUUUUGUUAAUGCAGCAUGUCUUGGUUACCCUGAAAGAGUGCAUAGAAUCAAACAAUACAUCAAAUGUUAUCUGGGUGAUUCUACAAAUUCUGAUAACUUAUGCUUGCAGACCAGGCAACGAGACUGCUCACUAAUUGAACAUAAUUCAGAAUGUUUUAAAAUACCCUUUUCUAAAAAUGCCAAUUUAAUUAUGAGUUUGAGAUUUUGUUUUGAUACAACUUCUAUUAAUUUUAUAAACAAUUUAAUUUCAAUUGAUACAAUUGGAAGUGUAACAAAUACGAAUGAUGUUACCACAGAAGUUGUUGGCCCUAAUGGGAAUAAAUAUUCUAAUAAAAUAUUUUUAAGUGAUGAUUUUAAAAAAAUGUAUCAGAAAUAUAGUGUAUUUGAUAUUGAUAUUUCACUUGUUCAGUCUGCAUUUAUUGGGUUACCUAAAUCAUGCACAUUUUGUGAAAAUAUAUUAAUUAUUUCUAAUACUAGUUUAUAUAAAUGUGAGGAUAACCACUUGUAUUGUGAGAUUUGUUGGGAAAUACGUGGAUAUUGUUACUUAGGUGAAAAUGAAAAAGACAUUGAAUUAGCCACUGCAGAAACAAAUAUUUAUAGAUUAUUGCAAUUUUAUUGUAGAUUUAACUGUGGCAAGUUGUUACUUGGUGGUGAAUUAAGUACUCAUGAAGAUUUAUGUGUAAAAAACGAUUGUUUAAAGGAAUUAUCAAAUUAUUUAAAUGUUUUCUUAUUUGAUGGAAAAACUAACUUUGGGUCAACAUCAAAUGCAUUUUUGUUUAAAGAGUAUGGGUUUAGGAACGGCGAAAAGAUAUUUGUAAAGACUAGAGAUUAUUUUAUUUUUUUACUGCAUUCUAGUUAUGAGAAUAAUCAAUUUAAGUUUUGGGUUACGCAUUGCUAUCCACAAGAUGAAAUCAAAGUGGUGUUUAAAACUGAAGAUACACUUUACGAUGAUGAUGAAGAAGAAUUUUAUAUUUCUGAAGAUGAAAAUCUUCUGGGUUUUGCCGUUGUUUUAAGAAGGCGCUGUAAAUAG